AUGGUUCGGAAAUUCUAUGGAAAGGCGUGUGAUGAGGUGACGGAGACUCAUGGUGAAGAGGGGGAUGAUUCUGGAAGCAAAAAGGUGAAUAAAUCAGGGAGUGAAGAAGUAUCAGAAGAGAAGAAUAAACGAAAAAGACGAUUAAAAGAUGAGUUAAGAGAACAGCACAAGGAGAAAUUGACGAAGCAAAAGAAGAAGAGAUUGAAUAAGUAUAUCGAACAUCAACUAAGAAGAGAGGAGAAGGAGAUCUUAUUGAAAAAGCUUGAAGAGACUAGGAUGGAUUCAUCUAUACUUAAGUCUGCCAAAUUGAUUGGUACAGGCAAGGAAACUAAGAGAGAAAGGCUUCAGAAUGCAUUACAGCUAGAAAAGGAGGGUAAAGGGGACGAGAACACCAAGGAUAUGUUGUAUGAAAAGAGAGAUAUGAGAAGCUGGGAAGACGAGUUGGAUGAAUCCGAAGACAAUGACGAUCAAUUCAAAUCGACAGACGAUGUUUCUAAGUUUAAUGUUCCUGAAGGGGGAUUUGGAAACGGUUUGGGGUUUAGUAACUUGCCUAAGAUUGUGAAGAGACAUAAGAAGAAGUAUACGUGGAGAGCUAGAAUUGAGGCAGAAGAAGAGCAUGCGAAGAAGCUUGAAGAGGAGGGUGAUUUUGAGAGUUCGCAGGAUGAGGAGGGUGAGGAUGAAGACGGUGAGGAUGAGGACGAUGAGGUGGUUGAGGAUGAAGACGAUGAAGUGCCUAAUGAAGUGCCAGUGCCUAAUGAAGUGCCAGUGUCUAAUGAAGUGCCCGUGUCUAAUGAAGUGCCAGUGCCUAAUGACAGUGCUUCUAGGUCACGAGACUUCAAAAUCUGGGCAGAACAGCAGGUGAAGAAAAUGGAGGGACGUCAUGAAAUGGUGGUACCGGCAGUAUCAUCAAACUAUAAGCCUUUGGUUCGAUCUGAGGAUCUUGACGAUGGACUUAAAGUUGACGGUAAUUCUAUUCCACUUAAUGAGAAUUUGGAUAGAAAGAUAUUUACCGUUGAAGUAGAAAGGUCAGAAGAUAUUCAGGCUGCCAGAAUUCAACUACCAGUAUAUGGAGAAGAGUAUAAGAUUAUGGAUGCUAUUCAUAACAACGAUUGUGUAAUCAUUUGUGGAGAAACUGGUUCUGGUAAAACCACUCAGGUUCCUCAGUUUCUAUUUGAAUCUGGUUAUGGAAGUAAAAAUUCAGAGACUGCCGGUAUGAUUGGUAUAACUGAACCUAGAAGAGUUGCUGCUGUUUCUAUGUCCAAUAGAGUUUGUAAAGAGAUGGGAAAUUGUGGUGAUCGGGUCGGUUAUCAGAUUAGAUUUGAUGGUAAUGUGAAGAAGCAGACUGCGUUGAAGUUUAUGACUGAUGGUGUGCUACUUAGAGAGAUGAUGUCCGAUUUCCUGCUCACCAAUUACUCUGCAAUCAUCAUUGAUGAGGCUCAUGAGAGAAGUGUCAAUACGGAUAUUCUUAUUGGUAUGCUCAGUCGAAUUUUGAGGCUUCGUCGACAGUAUCAUCAGAAAGAUCCUGCUCAAUAUAAAGUAUUAAAGUUGGUUGUCAUGUCUGCCACGUUACGUGUGAGUGAUUUCAGUGAAAAUAAAGUUCUUUUCCCUGUGGUACCUCCUGUUUUGAAAGUUGAUGCCCGACAGUAUCCUGUGUCUGUUCAUUUCAAUCGAAGAACAGUAUUCAAUUACAUGGAGGAGGCGUUUAGAAAAACGUGUAAAAUUCACAGGAGGUUACCCAAAGGUGCUAUAUUGGUGUUUCUUACAGGUAAGGCUGAGAUCAACACUAUGGUAAAGAGACUUAGGAAGGAGUACCCAUUCCCGAAAGAUGCAGGACAGAUUUAUAAUGAGGUUCCUGAUGUCCUGGUGAACUCCAAAAAUGCCGAUGUCGAGGUAGAAGAGAUUGAGUUGGACGCUAAUGAAGAGGAAAUGGUGGAUGAUUAUGAGGAUAACGAAGAGGAGGAAGAAGAAAAAGAAGAAGAAGAAGGGUUUGAAGAGACGUUGGAAGAAGAUCAGACGGCUGAAGAUCCAUUGUAUGUUCUUCCUUUAUACUCUUUGCUACCUACUAAGGAGCAGAUGCGGGUGUUUGAAGAACCUCCCCAAGGCUCACGUUUAUGCGUUGUUGCAACGAACGUCGCCGAGACGUCUUUGACCAUUCCAGGAGUGAGAUAUGUGGUUGAUAGCGGUCGAUCCAAGGAAAGAAAAUUCAACGAGGAUACUGGAGCUCAGUUAUUUGAAGUGGGAUGGAUAUCUAAGGCUAGUGCGGAUCAGCGUUCCGGUAGAGCAGGUAGAACAGGACCAGGACACUGUUACAGGAUCUAUUCUUCUGCUCUAUUUGAGAGUGAUUUUCUUCAAUUUUCCAGACCUGAGAUACUUAGAAUGCCUGUGGAAAGUGUUGUGCUCACUAUGAAGAGUAUGGGUAUUGACAAUAUAGUGAACUUUCCCUUUCCUACACCACCAAGUCGGCAUAUACUUGAUAAAGCCGAGAAAUUGCUUCAUUAUUUGGGGGCAUUGGACGACGAGAAAAGAAUCACCGAGUUCGGAAAGAAGAUGAGCUUGUUCCCGGUCUCCCCAAGGUUCUCAAAGAUGUUGCUUAUUGGUAAUCAGCAGAAGUGUUUACCGUACGUGAUUGUGCUAGUUUCUGCAUUGUCUGUUGGAGAUCCAUUUUUAUCUGAGUUCGAUUUGGGUAUCAAGAUGCAUGAGUUGAAAGAAGAAGAUGAGGUUGUGGAAGAUCAAAUUCAGAUUGAGCGUCGGCGUCAAAUCUUGUCAAAGUUCAACAAAUCUAGAGAGAUGUUUGGAAGUUUGGACAAAUUUAGCGAUUCGUUGAGGCUUCUGUUUGCAGUAUGUUCUUCGGACCAUGUAGGUGCUCAACAGAGAGAUGAGUUUUAUAGGCAAAACUUUCUUAGCAGCAAACUCAUGAACGAGAUUCGUAAGUUACGCAAGCAAUUAACUUACAUUGUGAGGAUUAACACAAGUCGAGACUCUUUGGCUGCUUCACGUGUCAAAGAGGGUGACCUAAAGCUUGAUAAACCAAAUGGGAAGCAGGUUCAAGCUAUUAAGCAAAUGGUUGCAUCAGGAUUUAUUGAUCAGAUCGCUGUGAGAGCAGACGUGAUCAAUAGUGAACUUAAGGUGACCAGCAACACAAGAAUCAUCAACAUUCCGUACUUAACUUUGUUCCCAUCUGUUGAUCAUCCAAAAGAGGAUGAUGAUCCUUUCGUCUACAUUCAUCCUUCGUCUAUUCUAGUACAAAGUGGCGAAGUCCCACCGGAUUACUUGGUUUAUCAGACUCUUCAAUUUAGUUCCGAAGCAUCCAAAAAUGGAUCUAGAAAGUUACGUAUUAAGCCUCUCAAUGAUAUCAAGGAUAGAGCCUUAGCCAAUGUUGGUAAGCAUAGUGGAUUGGUGACAUUUUCCAAGCCGUUGGGUAAUCCAUAUGCUCCCAGAAGUAUAUCUGCUACGGAAAGAGUGUGCUACGUGGUUCCAAGAUUUGGUGCAAAUAUCGGAACUGGUGGAGUUGGAUGGGAUCUACCUGCCGCUAAGGUGACCCAGAAGAAGGUUAGAGGAACUUGGGUCGUUGCCUGA